AAAGAAACAUGGAAGUUUGAGAGUAUUUUUCCUAAUCAAAUCAAAUCAAAAUCCAUAAAUCUGUUUGUUUACUUGUACAUCAACACAAUCAUUAUACGUUCAUCUCAAUCUUUCUCCUCCUUCCUGCUUGGAUGGACGCUAAAGCUUCCGCCUUUCUCAAUCGCGACCCACUUCCCAAUUCCGCAAACACCUUAAAAAACCCUAAUUCUUUCACACAAACCCUAAAGAUUUGAUCUCUUCCAACAUGUUUUCUUGGAACUUCGCCAAGUCGGCGGAGGCCGUCUUCUCUCGGUUGGCCGUAAAGAAGAUUUGCAAGUUCUUGUUGAAGAAGAAAUUGGGGCAACUUAUUCUUGGCGACAUCGAUCUUAAUCAGCUUGAUGUUCAGCUUAGCAACGGCACAAUUCAGCUAUCUGAUUUGGCACUUAACGUCGACUUUAUAAAUCAGAAGUUUGGCGAAGCAGCUAUUUUGGUUUUGAAAGAAGGAUCCAUUGGUUCUCUAACAGUUAAACUUCCAUGGAAGGGUAGAAAUUGUGAAGUCGAGGUGGAAGAACUUGAGAUUGUACUUGCCCCUGGUGGGAAGAGAAGUUCUCAAGUUGGUAAUGAAGCUUCUACUUCAGGUCAAGAUGGUAAUAGCUAUAGCAGUCAUGACUUGGUGACACCCAAAUGUGAAGUGGUUGACAGUACCACAACUGCUUCUGUGGAUAUUCAUGAAGGAGUUAAAACAAUUGCUAAGAUGGUUAAAUGGUUGCUUACAAGCUUUCAUGUGAAAAUUAAAAAACUAAUUGUUGCUCUGGAUCUGCCCUUAGAAGACCCGGAGGAAAAAGGGCAUUGCAAGACCUUGGUUUUGCGGUUUGGUGAAGUGGAAUGUGGAACAGGAAUUUCUGGAGAUGUCAACCUUGAUUGUCAGGGGACAGUUGACGAUUUUCUUGGGCUAAGCCGACUAACAAAUUUUGUGAAAUUUGAUGGAGCAGUACUUGAGUUUCUUCGGCUAGAUGGUAAUUGCAAUGAAUCAGCAUUUCCAUGUGUGCCAGGAGAAACUUUGGGUGAACAGUUUUCAGGAUGUUCAUCAAGUGCUACAACCCCAGUCCUUACAGGAGAAAAAGGGGGAUUUUCAGGGACCAUUAAAUUAAGUAUACCAUGGAAUAAUGGUUCCUUAGAUAUCCGCAAACUGGAUGCUGAUGUUUAUGUUGAUCCUCUAGAAUUAAGAUUACAGCCUAGUUCAUUGAAAAGCUUAAUGUAUUUUGUGCAUGUUUUUGAGGAACUGGACAAAGAUCACAAGAGUUUUAUGCAUAGCAAAGCAACGGAAUCUGUAUACUACAAUGCAUCAUCCCAUGGUUAUUCAUCAACCUCGGGUUCUUUUGAGUUUUCUUCAGAUAAACUCUCUCAGAAACCUGAAACCUUUGUUGAAUCAUAUUCUUCAAUCGGAAAAGAUACAGCUUUGGAUGCCUUGCUGCGAGGGUCACAUCUAAUAUCAGACUGGAUGACUUCCCCCAUCAGCAGUAACCAGGACAAAAAAACUGAAGAAUCAGAUUUUGGGGCCAGCGUGGAUCAAUUCUUUGAAUGCUUUGAUGAAUUGAGAAGUUCACAAUCUGCAUUGGGGAACAGUGGGAUGUGGAACUGGACAUGUUCCGUGUUCAGUGCGAUAACUGCUGCAUCCAACCUUGCUUCUGGAUCUCUUCAUAUCCCCUCUGAGCAGAAACAUGUCGAAACCAGUCUCAAGGCAAGGAUCACACAGAUUGUAGUCCUGUUUUCCUUUGUGGAUGAAGACCAGAAGCCUUCUUGUGCUGCAAGAGGCUGUAAGAUAGACAACACUUCAUUAAUCCACUAUAUAAAUGCAGAUUUUCAUGAGAUGCAGCUUGUCUUGCAGGUCUGUCCUCGAGAUUCUAAUUUUGAAGCAACAGUCGAGCAUAUUGAGGUAGCUGAUCAUUUCAGCAAUGCAUCUGAUGCUGCUUUGCAUCGUCAAAAGGAAAAUGUGAAUGUUCAGGGUUUAUUUAUCAGAAAUAAGCAAGCUGCAGUUGAAGGUGCUUGUCCUCUCUCGGGUUUGCUGGGUCAAGGUGCUGUAUGGGAUAAUACCACGUCAAAUGUCUCAUCUAAUAUGCAUUCUAGCUCCCAUUCAAGAUAUCAGAGAGGUAUCUACAGGGAUGACGUGGUGAAGGUCUUGCUACUCAGAACUUCUGGCGUCACUCGAUGCCAGUAUGUUGCACCUUCUGUUUCCCCAGAUAUCAAGUCAGGGCUUAAAUCUUUUUCAGUAAAGCUGCCACCAUUGGUUUUCUGGGUAAACUUUAAUCUGAUAACCACAGUGUUGAAUCUUGUUAAAGGAAUCGAGAACUCCCUUCCAAUAUCUGGCAGAAGGGACCUUUCUGCUUCUGUGGAUGGUAAUAGCAGGUCAUUGUCUCAAGGGGACAUUGGAAAGGGUUCAUGUCCACAAUUUAUGACUUCACCUAAAGAAACUCUAAGAGGCAAUAUUUCUCUUCUGGAUGCACGAAUAGUACUAUGUUUUCCAUGUCAGAAGAGUGAAGGUUGUAAGGGUUACUUUUCCUGGAAUGAGUUUAUUGUUGUUGAUCUGUCUUCUCCAUUGGCUCUAAGAGAGGGGAAGGUUCAAAACAGUCAUCCUUCUUCAGUUCCAGUUCCCAGGGAGAGGUUUCGUGUGACACCCUCACACUCCUUGCAUUUGAGCAUGGGAAAUAUUGCAGUCUACUUUGUUUCAUCAGCUUCUAGAGAUGGCACCAACAACUGUAGAAUGCAGAAGCUCAAAUUUUGUGCUGAGAGAGUUUUGUCUGUAUCUGAUAAAGCAGGGCAUCCAUCUGUAAUCAGUAUGCUAUGGCAAGAAAAUGCUGUUACUGGUCCUUGGAUAACAAAGAGAGCCAAGGUUCUUGCUACUUCAGAUGGCACCACUAGUAGGAAUAAAUCCACAGGGAAAGGCCAUGGGCUUGCCUUUGUAACUACCACUAAGGAUACGGAAGACUUCAGUUCUCAGACACAAGAUGAAAUAAUUUGGAGCUCUUCAUUUUUCCUGCAUGCACAUCUAUCUCCUAUAACCAUCAAUGUGGACAGUUGUUUAUAUCAAAACCUACAUGAUCUUUUGCAUCAAGUGAUUGAUUGCUUCUCAAGCAUAGCCUCUGAUCCAGUUGCCACUACGGAAAAACAUUCACCAUCUCAAUCAUCAAUCUUUGUGGAAUGUGAUCUUGUGGAGAUUUCUGUCAGCGUAGCUGCAAUAGAGGACAUCAAAGGCCCAACUCAGAAUGAACUUCCAGGCUCUUGGUGUAAUUUGAAACUGAAGGUUGGCAAGUUUGAGUUGCUAAUUGUAUCUAAUACAGGGGGAAUUUUGGGUGCCAACUUCCUCUGGUUGGCCCAUGGUGAGGGAGAUCUGCGAGGUUCCACUUCAGGAGUUCCUGAUAGAGAGUUUAUUCUUAUCUCAUGUGACAACUCUACCAGGGGACGUGGGAAUGGUGAAGGUUCAAAUAUAUUGUCUUCUAGGUUUCCAGGGUCUGAUAUCAUACACAUGUGGGAUCCAGAUAGUUCUGUGAGCCAAGUAUCUAUAAAUAUUAGAUGUGCUACUAUUGUUGCUGUAGGUGGUCGUUUGGAUUGGUUUGAAACUAUCACAUCGUUCUUCAGUCGGGCUUCAAGUGACCAAGUAGGUGAUAGUUUUCCGGAGAAAGAAGAUGUUCGGAACGAUACCAGUCGUGGGUCUUCUUUUGUUCUAAACUUGAUUGAUAUUGGUCUGAGUUAUGAACCAUAUUCAAGUAACAUGGUAGCUCAAGUAGAUUCUUGUCUAGAAUCUAGUUUUGUCUAUGAUGAUGGUAAAAAGAGUGAACAAUGUGUUGCUGGUCUUUUAGCAGCAUCUAAUUUGAAACUCUCAAAUGUUUCAGUGGCUACAUCUGUCGAGAUGGAUUAUGAAAUCAAAGCCCAUGAUGUAGGUCUACUGCUCUGUGAAGUAUCCGGGCUCAAGAAUCUCGGUGGAUCUUACAAUGAGCAAAAUCUUCAGAAGAGUGGCUAUGUAAAAGUUGCUGAAGGAACACACAUUGAAGCGGUUUUAAGAACGAAUUGUAAGAACGGCCAUGCAUGGGAAGUAGAAUGUUCCGAGUCCCACAUUGUUCUGGAUGCAUGCCAGGAUUCUGCCUCUGGACUUGUUCGUUUUGCUGCUCAAAUCCAACGGAUUUUUGCCCCUGAUGUUGAAGAAUCGAUUGUGCAUUUGCAGACUAGGUGGGAUAACGUCCAGUUGGCACAAGAGAGUUGCAAAAGCAGAAGCUCAAAUAACCAUUCUACUUCAUCAAGUUCUCAGGUGCAUGGUUUAAGUUCUGACACAAAGGGGGAAUCUUAUACAAUCAACUUGAUGGAUGAAAUAUCUGAAGGAGCGUUUAACUUGGAUGGAGGCAGUGAUGGUCAUCUUGAAGCACAUGCCUUUAGCACUGACGACCAUGAAUGUGGGUCGCACAAGCGAUCUGUUAAAGUGCCAGUUCCAGUAUAUGGAUUGGAAGAUAAUGGAACCUGGCCCUCACAUGCUAGCCUUCCAGAGUUCAUAGAAGGGUACUUCUUAUCUGACUUGCGCCCGUUAUCUGAACCAUCUUUGAACAACCAAUUGCAGAAAGAGAGUCUCAGCGGAAAAUCUACAACUCUAAAGGAGUCUGAUGCUCAAGUCGGAAGUGGAUGGUAUGGGGAUUCACUGUUAAGGAUUGUUGAAGACCAUGUUUUGGAUAUUGGGGAAAUAACCAAUUCCAAACAACUUAUCGAAAGCGAGGCUUCUGUCACACAGACUGCGAAUGUAGGGUGCAGAAAAGUUAAGGGUCGUGUGCUUCUGAAAAAUAUCGAUGUGAGGUGGACGCUCUAUGCUGGUUCUGACUGGCAAUAUACAAAGGGAAAUGGUCAGCAUGUGAGUACUGGCGCAAGUGAUAAAGAUGCUUGUUUAGAGUUUGCACUGUCGAAGAUGGGCCUUCAAUGUGACAUAUACCCUGAUGGUGAAAUAUGUAUUUCUAAGCUUUCGCUCUCGGUUGAGGAUUUUUCUCUUAAUGAUGUCAGCAAGGGUGCACCAUGGAGAAAGGUUCUCGGUUGUUAUCAGUCAAAAGAUUGUCCACGAGAAUCCCGUUCUAGAGCAUUGAAGGUAGAUCUAGAAUCCGUUAGACCACAUCCUUCAACUCCUCUUGAGGAGUAUCGGUUACAAGUUGCGUUGCUUCCUAUGCGUUUGCAUCUUCACCAAAGGCAACUUGAAUUCCUAAUCAGCUUCUUUGGUGGAAAGAGCUCAUCUACUGAUAAUCAUCUUCAGGAUACGGGUGAAUUGGAUACGCCACAGAGGAAUGCCAUCGACUUAGGAAGCCAUAGCAUAACAGAGGAGGCAUUACUUCCCUAUUUCCAGAAGUUUAGCAUAUCACCUUUUGUUGUUCGGAUAGACUACAUUCCUUCUCGUGUUGACUUAGCUGCAUUAGGGCACGGGAAAUAUGUGGAACUUGUUAAUCUAUUUCAGUGGAAGGGGGUCGAGUUACAACUGAAACAUGUUCAAGCUGUUGGUGUUUAUGGUUGGGGUAAUGUAGGUGAGACAAUAGUUGGCGAGUGGUUGGAAGAUAUUUCUCAGAAUCAGAUCCAUAAACUAUUGAAAGGUCUUCCUCCUGUUCGGUCAUUGGUCGCCGUUGGUUCUAGUGCGGCAAAGUUAGUUUCUCUACCUGUGAAGAGCUACAAGAAAGAUCGUAGAAUAGUCAAGGGAAUGCAAAGAGGUACAAUUGCAUUCUUGAGGAGUGUCUCACUUGAGGCUAUUGGACUUGGAGCACAUUUGGCGGCAGGGGCACAUGCCAUCCUCCUCCAAGCAGAAGACAUAAUUUCAACCAGUCCUCCAACCUCUGUGCCAAGGCCUAUACAAAGCAGAGGGAAUCCUAAUGUAAGAUCUGGUCAGCCCAAAGAUGCUAGGCAAGGAAUACAACAGGCUUUUGAAACCAUGACCGAUGGUCUAGGAAAGUCCGCAUCCGCUUUAGUCCAAACUCCCCUUAAAAAGUACCAGCGUGGGGCUGGUGUAGGAUCAGCAUUGGCCACUGCUGUUCAGGCAGCCCCUGGAGCUGCAAUUGCUCCUGCGUCUGCUGCUGCUCGAGCUAUGCACUCUGCUCUUCUUGGCGUCAGAAAUAGCCUUGAUCCAGAGCACAAGAAAGAUUCGAUGGAUAAAUACCUAGGCACAACUCAAUCUCGGCCUCUUUAGUUCACAUCUCCAACUCCAUUAGCAAGAAAGAUGAGCAGUAAUUUUGCUCGCGGGACCAAUUGGGAUGUCAUGACUCACUGCAAAAGUGCUCUCGUGUGAAUUUACUCGAGUGCCCUUGUCUGCGGUGGAGAUUGUCCCAGUCAUGGUUGGUGCAAAGAGUCAUUUAUUAGGUUUGAUUUGUACAUAGAUAGGUAUGAAAUUCAAUUUAUGGGAAGAUGAUAGGAUUUGAAUUUGAAUUUGAAACUGAAAUGUGUAUAUAUGAAAUGGUUGUUAACUAUUGUUCUUGAGGUGAGCUUUGUAAAAUUGUAAUUCUAGUGGGGGUGGUUUUUUUGUAGGUAUUAUGUGUUCAUAAUCUGUAUUUCCUGAAACCUGAAGUUGUAUAAAAUUCCACAUUAUUUUAUUGUACACAACUUAUGAAGUGAA